AUGUCUUUGUCUGAAGAUUUAAGUGUAGAUAAUUUAGAUUCAAAUUUUUUAAAACCAGUAUAUAAUUUAAUUGAACUGGGAUUAGAAAAAUAUGAAGACAAUGAAUUAGUUCUUAACACAGUUCACGAUCUAAUGCAAUUUUUUAAAAAAUAUUCAAACUGUACAUGUCGUCAUAUACCUAGACAAAAAGAUUUAAGAACCUGUUAUGAAAAAGUCAGAUUUAAAAAUUUUUUUGAAAGAUUUUUUCAAAUAAGAGGAAAAGAAAAAUCAGAACUUGUAUUAUUUUUAAAAGCGCAAUUAAUGGCCUUUGAAAUUAAUAAUAAAAAUUAUAAAAAUAUUAAUAGACUUCUGUCUCCUAUGAAAUAUAAAAAUAAAUCAGAACCGUUUAUUUAUUUACCUACUGGAAAUAUGUAUACUUCAGUUUAUAAUGAAUUCAAAGAAUAUUUUAAUAAAGAAAAUGGUGAAAAUACUAAAGUUAUUUCCUAUUGUAUAUUUAGAAGACUUUGGUAUAAAAUAAUUCCUUAUCUCAAAUUUCAACCACCUGCAAGUGAUCUUUGCAAAGUUUGCAAAACUUUUAAAGCUAAAUUAAUAGUAGCAAAAGCAGAUAUAGAAAAAUAUAAUCAAAUUAAAAUUAAUACAAUAAGCGAUAUUGAACAUGUUAUUAAUAAUUCUUCAAAAGAAAACAAACCAAUUUUAAAUAAUAAUGGAUUAGGUUGGACUUGUAGUUUAUCUAUAGAUAUUGGAAAAGUUUAUGCAUCAACUGAAUCAGGCGGAUUAGAAAUUUCAUUUCAACUAUUACGUGAGAAUAAUUUUGAUAUUAAUACUACACUAAAAACUAUUCCUAUUAAAUUAUUAGCAAAAGAAAGAAAAUACUAUUUAUUUACAAAAAUUAGACAAUAUGUAGAUAAUCCAUACAAAGAUGUAUAUUGUGCAAAUUCAGAAAAAACUGAAGAUAAAAAUAAAUAA